CUAUUUUAUUACAACUUUGAUGAAUAAAUAGUAAACAGUAUACAGAAUACAUAUACAGAAAAAUACCACAAUAAGACCUAAUAUUUUUUUAUAUGCAUAAUAUAUGUCCAACCCUAAUCAAGAAGCUUAAAAGGAUACUCCAGCAAUUUGAUAUUGCAAAUUUAUAAAGCAGGGGUACCUGUGCCAGACAGCUUAAAAGAAUGUUCAAAAUCGAAGCAAUGGAUACCAGGAUAUCCAGACUCUUCAACGUCAGUGGAUUUUUAAACCUUUCUCAUAAUGCAACUUAAUAGCACCUUUCAUUAGACCCUCCCUUCCUGUUACAUGCAGCCAUCUUUCAAAAUAGUUUAUAACACAGAUUUAGUGUCAAUGUUUGAAAACUCAAGCCAACCUCAGUUAUUUUCUCAGACUUUAGCAAGCUCCCUUCCAGAGCCUCAGAAGACUUAUGUUUUCACCGGCUGAGUGGUAAUCUCCAUGACAAGUAAAUGACAAGGUGGAGUGAUCCUUUACCUCUUACCGUGUACUAAUAGGUUUGCAUGGGUCUUUUGACAUCACUGGUAAGUCAAAUCUUAGUCCACCAAUAAAUUUGUAUUCGAAAACAAGUCAAGACCUGUCAUUUCACACCCUACAGUUUGAUGAAAUGAGAGUGUCAGGCAACUUUUGAAACAGCCUCUUCUUUACAUUCUGGCACAGUGACCAAGUGUCUCCGCUUGGUCAUGUGUUUAUAGCAGACAUUCAGAGGAGGAGGCUGGUGUCCGCUGGAAUAGGCAGAUAAGCGUUACUGCUGUACACGCCCCCUCAUGUAUAAAGAAGAUGAGCCCAUUUUUUGCCUUGGAGGUGAACAGGAUAAUCAUUAGUACCGCUCUGAGUGCUUAGUAUUGGACCAAAAGUGUUUUAAUACAGAAAAAUGGACCUAGGAGACAAAAACAUUGUUGAAAUGAUAGCAAGAGUAAUUGAAGAAGCUUCCGACAUAGACAAUAACCAUGAGGUGUUGAUGGCUGGUAAACAUUACCCGUCCAUCCAUGAGUUCGCCUCAGCAAUCCCCAACCACCUUCUCUUGGGCUCUCUACUAGAGCACCUGUGCUUCGUCUACGAGAGCAAUCCAACACGCUCGCGUAUGCUUUUUAAAGUUAUUGGCCAGCGUUUAGCCGCCAUGAACCUCCUCUCACCUUUAGCCAUAAGUGAUGAGUUUAGCACCGUCAGACUCCAGCACAAUCGGGCCUUCACUGAGCUGCUUCAUGCUGCCAGCUCCUCGCUGUACCCACAGGGCCAACAACUUCUCGGCACAAACACACACAAUCCUGCUGUAAGACCUAAGGAGGGACUUUUUCAAGCGCAGACGUCCCGGUAUCUUAGUGAAUUUGAAGAAUUAUGUCGACUUGGAAAAGGAUCAUAUGGAAAUGUUUUUAAGGUUAUUAACAAACUGGAUGGACAACAUUAUGCUGUGAAGAAGAUUCUCAUCAAAAAAGUGUCAAAGGAUGACUGCAUGAAGGUACUCAGGGAAGUGAAAGUGUUGUCCAGCCUGCAGCAUAUUAAUGUUGUGGGCUAUCACACUGCGUGGAUGGAACAUGUUCAGCCUGCUGCAUAUCCUGAAUCUCUCCUGCCUGCACUGGAAUCACCUGGACAACAAGACAGUUCUUGUGACAGCCAUGACGGCAGCAGCAGCAGCUCCUCGAUUGUUUUCCAGAGCCUCAGUCAAGUACAGACAGAUGCUGCUUCAAGUGCCAAAGUACCCCUAAGAGAGACCCAGCCCAUCAAAGCUUUAGUUCCAACCCAAGAGAAGGACCAGGUGGUGUGUCCCAAGAUGAUGCAUCGGAUUCCCAAGAACUACAUCCCCUGUGUGUUCCUGGGACAGCAAGGUCCCAUGAAGAGCUCCAAAUGUCCUGCCAUGGGUUGGGAGAGUUCAGAACGGUCAGAGGAGGAGUCCAGCAGGAGUAGCAUCGAACUGAACAACAACUCCUGCAUCAACAGAGAAUAUCAGCCGUGGGCUGACAAACAUACAGUAAAGCCUUCUAAAGAGGUACACUUCCACCUGAUGCUCUAUAUCCAGAUGCAGCUGUGUGAGCGCUCACUAAAGGACUGGAUCUCUGACAGGAACACCAAGCAGAGAGAAGAACAGACCUUAAGAUGCCCUUAUGGAUGUGUUGAUCCUGAACGCACACUCGGCCUGCUGAGAAAGAUACUUGAAGGAGUAGCGUAUAUUCACUCCAGGGGAAUCAUUCACAGAGACCUGAAGCCAAGGAACAUUUUCCUCCAUGGUCAGGACUGCCAUGUUCGGAUUGGGGACUUUGGUUUGGCCUGCAGGGAUAUAAUACUGGAUGGCCACAACAGCUCCACCUCUCUCAGCAGUGCUUCCUCACAUACUACAGGUGUUGGCACAUUUGUAUAUGCUGCACAAGAACAGCUGAAGGGCUCCCAUUAUGAUUCAAAGUCAGACAUGUACAGCAUCGGAGUGAUGGCUCUGGAGCUGUUCCAGCCCUUUGGGACAGAGAUGGAGCGGGUCCGGACCCUUGGAGACCUGAGGGAGGGGAAAAUUCCAGACUCGUUCCGCCACAGAUGGCCACUCCUCACUGAGUACAUUGUGAAGCUGACGAGUAAAGAGCCCAGGGUUCGGCCCACGGCCAGCGAGCUUCUACAGAGCGAACUUUUCUGCAGGAAAGACAUAGUGAUCCAUGGUUUGCAAAUAAGGGUUGAAGAGCAGGAGAAAGAGAUCAUGCAGCUGAGGAGACAGAUCAGUCGGCUUGAGAGCUCAAAAGUCACAGUAAAUUUCUCUGAGUCGGACAAGACCUGAGCCUUAAAAAUGUCGACACGCUACAGACUGUGAAAACGUCAUUUUUUCAACCACUGCAGUACAAUACUUAAGUGACUUGGUACAAGUGGUAGAGUGUGUGUAAAGCAUUUGAGUGUGUCUUGUACACCUGGAUGUAAGGGUGCAACUAUUUAUUCUCAUUCAGCUGUUCAAUAAAACCUACUUCUGCUA